CUUUGAUCACGAUCCCUAUCCAAAAGCACAUCGGUGCACAUACACUCCUUGAUCACUGUUUUUGUUGCAAAUUAUUUGAAAGCAUUGCAUACCAGGACUACGACAGACCACCCACCAACCGCACCCUUUAGCCCUCAUUUCCUUCCCGUCUAAUCACAACUAUGCGCGCGACCACUACCAUCGCGGCUCUCGCGCUGGCCACGGUGCCUUCGGUGCUUGCCGCCGGAGAGAAAGGCCAAAUGGGCUUCGCUCUGGGAACGAAGAAGCCCGACGGAACUUGCAAAUACCAAGCCGACUACGAAGCCGACUUCGACGCGAUCAAGUCCAAUUCCGGCGCGACCCUUGUUCGAGGAUACUCUGCAUCGGACUGCAACUGCGCCCAGUACAUUCUCCCAGCUGCGAAGUCUAAGGGCUUCAAGGUGAUGCUUGGUGUCUGGCCUGACGUGGAAGAGUCAUUCAACGCAGACAAGAAGGCCCUCAUGACCUAUGUGCCAAACUUCAAGGACCAGGUCUAUGCAAUCACUGUCGGAUCAGAGACUCUGUACCGUGGCAACUUCACUGGCGCGCAGCUGCUUGAGAAAAUUCAAGAUGUUAAGAAGGCACUCGGUGGAGACGUCAAGUGUGGAACCGCAGACUCUUGGAACAAAUGGGCAGACGGCACUGGAGACGCCGUAAUUAAGGGUGGUGUUGACCUCAUCCUGGCCAACGGCUUUUCUUACUGGCAAGGCAAGGCCGCAGGCAACGAUGCAAAGACCACCUACCUUGACGACAUGCAGCAGGCACUCGGCCACAUCCAAGAAGUCGCUGGGGGCUUGGACAAAGUCGAAUUCUGGAACGGCGAGACUGGCUGGCCGACCGACGGUGGCUCUGACUACGAAGCUGCCAAGGCUGGAACUGAAAACGCGAAGACCUUCUACCACCAAGGCUUUUGUGGUAUCCUUGACUGGGGCAUCAACGCGUUUUACUUUGAAGCCUUUGACGAGCCUUGGAAGCCGGACUCCGUUGGAGACAACGGCGUUGCUCAAAAGGAGGGCACGUGGGGAGCUAUGACCGGCGACCGCAAAACCAAAUUCAACCUCAAGUGCUAGAAGAGUAGCACAAGUUGUCGAAUUCUCUGUGAGAGACUCAUGCAUGUGUGCGAAUCGAAAAGCAAAUCAUCAUUAAACGCAUUGGGGGAACUGGUUGGCUAUGAAUGAUUAUAUUCGGUGUUGAUGGAUAUUGUCAUUCUGUGGCGUGCAUUCGCAUAUAGAGAAGUAAUGGAACAUGUGUUAAACCGCAGUCGGACUGAGUGUGUUUAGACAUACGGGUAUCAUUAAGUGCCAUGUCUCUCAAACGCC